AAAAAAAGGAAGAACUAAAAGAUGCGCUCACUCUACAGAGGAAAUAUUAUUAUUUCUAUUAUAAUUCUUUUUAAAAAUUUCAAUUUUGCAAUUACGGUGGGCACGUUAAGACGGAGCAAACUCCCCCCUCCCUUCCCUUUCUGCAACUGAACAGAACUUUCGACCUUGUGCCGCAGAACCCCAGACGUCCCCUUAACUUUCUUAUUUUCUUUCUUUUUUCCUUUGCCAAGAAACGAAACCCGUUUUCAUAUCCAGAAAAGCAUGUCAGGUUUGUAUGCUCAGAAUUUUUCACCUGCAAGAGCUGUUUCCCCACAGAUAAGGAGCACCCCGGACAUCAUCGAUAGUCAGUACUUGACAGAGCUAAUAGCAGAGCAUCAGAAGCUUGGGCCUUUCAUACAAGUUCUUCCAAUAUGUAGCAGACUUUUGAAUCAAGAGAUUAUGCGAGUCUCAGCUAUGGUCUCCAACCCAGGGUAUGGUGACGACAGGUUGCAGCAUGGAAGCCCCAGCCCCAGCCCCAUGACUUCUUCAAACUUCAUGCCAAAUGUUGGUGGAACAGGUUUAAAUUUCUGGAACAGCUUCCAGCAGGAGGUAAAUGAUUGCUUUGUGUCUUAGUUUUAAAAUGGACAU